AAAAAAAGGAGCUGCGAAAAAAAACACGGCAAAUCUAUUGAUUUUUAACAAUACGCACAUGUAUAGACACACAUAACGGUAAAGGGGGAGUUUGUUUUUCGCACGCCUCCUUUUUGACUCAGCGGUUCAGCGAUUGCAACAAUCGGCGACAACAAAGGGGCACCACCGCCCCGCCCCCCGUGGCAGCAACCGCAUGCACCAUCCACAUGCACCACCCACCAUCCCGUGUUGUUGUGUCUGGCUGCAGCUUCCUUUUCUGCGUUUCCUGCGUUUGUUUUGCCUGCGCGAGGACUUUUGGAGGCCAAGUUUACGUGUGCGCAAUCAACCACGGACACGGGAACCCAGAAAAGGGGACACAUAUAGACAGCAGUGGCCCACAGUGAAGCAGCAAUCGCAGCAGCAGCAGCGGAUGCAGCAGCAGUCCUCGAACAGUAGUAGCUAUCGAAGGAGCAGCCACAUCCCUCAUCCCAGGAGAUCCCAGUUGUUGUCCAGCCAUGAACUCCAACUCCUGCAGCGACAGCAGCAACGAGUCCAUGGUCAAUCCGGCGCACAUUCAGAUGACCUUUGGCCAGCAGACGCAGCCGCAGCAGCAGCAAUCGCAGCAGCUGCAAGGACAACAGCAGCAGCAGGAGCGAUAUGUGUGGGAGAUGCGCACCCGUAGUCCGAACGUGACGCCAGCCAGUACGGUGCUCAAUUCGCCGGAUCUCAAUGCCGAGCUGUCCUACGUCCCAAUGCAGGGUCUUUCGCCAUCCGGCGGAGGGGGUCAGGUGCCCGGUGGCUAUGGUUUAAAUGCCGCCCGAGAUUCCGGCGGCUAUUACUACCAGCGACCGCAUUUGCAUCAGAUCCGGCUGGGCAGGAGUCCAGGUAGUCAGUUCGAGUCCCGGGAUGUCCUUCCACAGGGAUUGGCCAGUCCCGGCUCACCAACGGAUGUGGGCAAGGCGGAUGGUCAGUGCCUGCGGGAUGGCGAGAUUGUGGUGUUCGACGACAUCGACACCAACUGGAUGAACAAGGCAUCGAGUGGCCAGCGACCAGGCAGCAACGAGGAUGUCCUCAAGGUGACCAAGAUGAUUGGCCAGCUGCCCAUUGCCGAGUACGAGGGAUCACCGCGUCGAUUUGGCAGUCAGCCGAACUCAAACACUAUCACCUUGGGUGGUCCACGGAAACGACCGCCGGGAUUUCCGCAAAGAGUUUCGCCCACAACCAGUGGUGGAAAUGCAACUGCAAAUGCGACAAAUGCCUCGGCCAAGGCUUCCGUGGGCAACCUAAUCGAUUUGAUCGAUCACGAGGAGGAGCGUUCGGGGACGCUACGCGAAAAGACCCCGACUUUCGAUUACCUGUACGAAUUCUCGGAGACCAGGAAAGUGCUGGAGGAGUUCUUCAAGGCGAAUCCGGAGGAUGAGAAGCGAUACACAGACUACACCACGGAAAGCGGCGACGAUGUGGCCAGUUCGCAGCAACAGGAGUACCCGGCCACGCCCUUGGAACAGGCAUACAUUGGCCAGCGGCUAGCGAGAAUACCCAAAGAUGAGCUCUACAUGGUGCACCGCUCGCCUAUUAAAAAGCCACCCAGUGAACAGAAUCCAGCGACUGCCUACCAAGAGCACAAUGACAUCGAGCUAUAUAUCGAUUCGAAUAGUCGCAGCAGCGGCGAGCUGGCGGACACGGAACUGGAGGCCAAUCUGCGGCGGCACUCGCGAAACUUCACAUUGUCGCCGGAGACUACGGAUUACGAUUCGAAUUGCGGCGACCUGGAUAGUCUGUCCAACGACAUCAACUGUCCCACGGAUUAUGGCAAGCUGUAUACGAGCAUGCCCGUCUUGGAAGAUGGCCUGAGCAGUGGUCACGCCUCCGAUACGGAGAACAAUGUGUCCGUGGUCUGUGACAAGCAGCAGUCGUCCCAGUCCCAGCCCGUCCACGAGCACAAUGGGAAUGGUGAGCGGCUGGAGAACGACUACAAUGUGAUGAGUGCAAGCAUGGCCACUCUGACCACAGAUGCAUCGCAAUCGGCACUGAUUAGCGACUUCGCCUCGCUGCCCAUGCCCAUGCCCCCGGCUCCGUCUCCAUGCUCACCGCCCCAAAUCGAGAUCGCCGAUGCCAGCGAAUCCAUGACCAUGGCCUCAGAAGCAGAUAAUCCAUUGGACAGUCACUACGGAGCAGUUUAUGCGGCCGCUUUGGGAGGUUCUUUAACAGAACAGACAGGAGGAUCGGGACUGGGGGUGACUUCGGUGACUGCAGGGGGAUCUCUGCCAUCGCAUGCUGCAUCGGAAAUCCAGGAGGCCAUGAAAGAGAUCCGUUCCGCCUUGCAGCGUGCUAAAACGCAGCCAGAAAAGCUGAAAUUCUGCGAUGAGGUGCUGCCGACAGAUCCGGAAUCGCCGGUUUGGGUACCUCGCAAGACAACGACGGUAUCGGUGGCCCAGGCUGCUGCGGCGGCGGAGGAGGAACCAGACACGGACCUGGAAACGGAUCGUUUGCUUGGUCAGCAGCGGCACGAUGAGCAGGAUUUUUUUGCCGAUCAGCCCCUUUCCGACAGCAAUGCCAACGAGGGCACGGAGAUCGCCACCAAUGGGCAUAUGAAUGGCGCGGCAGACAACAACAACCCGAAUCCAAUGCCUAAUGUCAAGCCACAGACCUACUCGACGGCCACCAUACGGCAGGGUAUCGGCACCUCUCUGACGCCCAAUUCGCCGGAUAUCUGCCAAAUCGUAGGCACGGCUGACAUCUCCAUCAGUUCUCCGGAGAAACUGCAGUUCAGCAAGAGUCCCACGGGAUCCAUCAAGUCGCUGAAGGACUCGGCCAACUCGGACAAAAAGGCCAAGUCGCGAAACAAGGAGGGUCUCUUGGAACCCAAAGUUCUCAUCGAGGGCGUGUUGUUCCGGGCCAGAUACCUCGGAUCCACUCAACUCGUCUGCGAGGGCCAGCCGACCAAGUCGACCAGGAUGAUGCAGGCCGAGGAGGCGGUCUCCAGGAUCAAGGCUUUGGCUCCCGAGGGCGAAAGUCAGCCGAGCACUGAAGUGGACCUGUUCAUAUCAACCGAGAAGAUAAUGGUGCUGAACACGGAUCUCAAGGAGAUUAUGAUGGACCAUGCUCUGCGCACCAUAUCCUAUAUAGCCGACAUUGGUGAUCUAGUUGUGCUAAUGGCUCGUCGCCGGUUCGUGCCCAAUAGUGUGGUGGAUCCAGCGACCGCCAGUCCACUGGGUGAUGUGCCCAGUCCGGGAAUGGGCGAGGAUGGGUCGCCGCCCAAGGAACCACUCAGCAAGCACAAUCGCACGCCCAAAAUGAUCUGCCACGUGUUCGAAAGCGAUGAGGCACAGUUCAUAGCCCAGUCGAUCGGACAAGCCUUUCAGGUGGCCUACAUGGAGUUUUUAAAAGCAAACGGCAUCGAGAACGAAAACCUGGCCAAAGAGAUGGACUACCAGGAGGUGCUCAACAGCCAGGAGAUUUUUGGCGACGAGCUAGAGAUCUUCGCUAAGAAGGAGCUGCAGAAGGAGGUGGUGGUGCCGAAGGCCAAGGGCGAGAUCCUGGGCGUAGUGAUCGUGGAGAGUGGCUGGGGCUCCAUGCUGCCCACCGUGGUGAUUGCCAACCUGAUGAGCUCCGGAGCGGCCGCCCGCUGCGGCCAGCUGAACAUCGGCGACCAGCUGAUCGCCAUCAACGGCAUGAGCCUGGUGGGACUACCGUUGUCCACCUGCCAGAGCUACAUUCGCAAUGCCAAGAACCAAACUGCCGUCAAGUUCACCGUUGUGCCCUGUCCGCCUGUCGUCGAGGUCAAGAUCCUGCGACCCAAGGCGCUGUUCCAGUUGGGUUUUAGUGUUCAAAAUGGCGUGAUCUGCAGCCUUUUGCGUGGAGGAAUCGCUGAGCGGGGCGGAGUGCGCGUUGGCCACCGCAUAAUUGAGAUUAACAAUCAGAGCGUAGUGGCCGUUCCACACGAUACCAUUGUCAAGCUGCUGUCAUCGUCAGUGGGCGAGAUCCUGAUGAAGACAAUGCCCACGUCCAUGUUUCGUUUGCUCACCGGCCAGGAGACGCCUAUUUAUAUAUAAAUAUAUGAAACUGUUCACACGCCUGCUCUGGAAUCGAAAAACUAUAAAUUCGUCAUCUGCAAUCAACAAAAAUCGAAUCGACUGGGAAUCGAUUCAAAAAUAGACCAAUUAUUAGCCUUAUAUUGAUGAAUGCACAUACCGCACUUUUGGUUUUUACAAAAGGAUAAUGUUAGUAUUAGCCUAUUUUAAUGAGUCAUUUAUUUGGUUGAGAAUUUGACAAUUUGUAAAUCGAUUAAGCCUUAAAUGAGAUUAAUUGUUCGUCGAUAAAUCGUUCAACUGCCCAAUAUCGAUAUACAUGCUAAGUGCAAUGGAGAUUAUUAUUAUUGUUCCAGCAAAUAUUACUUUUUGGUCAUUUUUCCCAUCUUUGUAUAUGAAAAAGACUGAAUUUAAAGCCAGUGCGAGUGUAUGUGAGCAGUCAUUGUAAAGUAUUCAAAAAAUUGUAAACCCAAUGUCCCCCAAAAAAAAUAUACCCAACCUUCCCAUUAUUCCCUCGCAUCCCGUAGCUUAAGCAUUCGAUUGAAUUUACUUGCAAGCAAUUAUUUAUGAUAUGAUCUAAUCCAUUAUUUGUCAUGUAAAUUAACCGUACUUUAGUUCUUUAACUACAUUUAUAAUUUUCGAUAAAGAGAAACAAAAAGCAACACACCUUAUGCCAAAAAAGAGUUAGAUUUCGUUAUACUUAUUAUUGUAUAGAGCCAUUGCGGAUGAUUAUUGCAAUACCAUUACCGAUAUUUAUAAUUAAUAAAUAGCCUUAGAAAAACGAAGCCAUGCCUGCAAAACAACAAACAAAAUAAAUGCAUUUAAAACGCGUCAGAACAAAAAUAACCAAGCGCAUAUUGAUUCUAAUUGUAUAUGUCUGUACAAGAAAUCUGCACAUUUCUCGAUUGAUAAUUGCCAUAUACAUAACGAUAUAUACUCAUACGAAAUUAUGAUAAAUCUAAAGCGAAACAAUAAGCAAAACAGCAAAAGUAAUACGAAGAACAAUAAUUUCAGCAUUGUCUAGUUUCUGUUAAGCGAGGGCAUAAAUGUAUAAGAAAGAGAUGGAGCCACAUAAAAGACAGAGAUGGCGCCACAGGAAGCGAAAGAGAGGGAGAUAGAGAGAGAGAGAGAGCUUAUUUUUGCAUACUUUAAGAAGCGACAAACAAAAGGCAAAUAAACCACAAAAAGCAAAUAAUUAAAACCAAUAUGUAUACAUAUGUUGUUAAUCUAAAUGGAAACGACUUAACUAAAAAAAUAUUUUAAAUAUUUCAAGUGCAGGUAACAACAAAAGACGCAAGUUAAUAAUAUUUAUAUAAAUAUAUAUAUAAUACUUCUGAUCGCCAUUCGGAAGCGCAGGUGCAAUAUUUUUGAAAAACAUAGAAACACAAAGCCAUAACAAUUAAUUAAUAAAUUUCUAAGCUACUCGGGACACGGCAACAACACUAAGGAACCCACUAACGAACUCUCUGCUACUGCGCCUCUAACUAACUUCUAAAACCAAACACUAAUCGUAUACUACCUAAUGCAAUUUAUUUAUUAAUACUUAACACGUGACCGAAUACAAACAGCAGCGAGAAACAAAAAUAAACUACAUUUAUACACAAAAGUUAA